GAAAAGAAGAGAGGGGGAACGAGUUUGCAAAAGAAAAAAAAAGAAAAAGAAAAAAACACACACACACUUACUUCACGUGCAGCUCACCCUGUGCUUGCAAAAUGUACAAGAAUAUUAGCAGAUUGGAGUUAAUGGUGCAAGUCAAGUGAUUCUUUUAACAGGGGAUCAGCUUCCACGCAGUCCGCUGCCCUGUGUAAAUGUCUGUCUCCCCUUUGACGUGAGGACUGUGCAGAGAGCAAGGGAAACACCACAGGGCUGACGGAAACUUGUGGCUGUGCAGCUCUGGAAAAGCUGGUGCUGUCCCCCUCAAUCGCCUCCCUGCAACAUUCCAAAGACAUCCCUGGCAUGGAGAACUCUUCAGCUAUGGCAUUUACUCCAGCCACUCCUCAGGCAAAAAGAGAGGCCACAACACUGGCUAUGCUAACCCAUUACGACGUGGACGACAGAUACUUCGAUGCCAUUCUAGGAGCUGUCAUAGCUGCUGUUGUCCUGGUGCUCAUCUGUCUGGUGGUCGUCCUCAUUCACUACAUGUACCGGCACAAGGGCACUUACCACACCAACGAGGCCAAGGGCACCGAAUUCGCCGAAACAGCAGAUGUGGCGCUCCGCAGCGACCCCGCGCUGCAAGGCGCCAUGGACGAGAGCAAGAAGGAGUACUUCAUCUGAGGAGGCACCAGCCAUUGCCUCUGUCGCCUCUGGUUUCCACUGAACGUGAACCUUCCAGUUAAUGUAAUUUAUAGGCAGACUUUGAUUUUGGAAGGUAACCCUAGAUGAGUCCCCCCCGAGAUGCAAGAAUGUCUGAGUAAAGGACAGUCUUUUAUUUUGCCUCUUUUCAUUUCAGUCAUCAAUCCUGUGUGACAGAUUUGAUGCCGGUCUGUCAACAUAAAAAGCCUCAGUGGAUGAUAGAAACUCUGUUGUCAAGUCUGGAUAAGCCCAUGACAAACCAAAUGGUUACGGAAACCUGACUAGUCUGCAGCAGAAACAUUCUAGGGUAAUCGAUUUCAUAUUUUAUCUGUUAUAUACCACCAUUACAGGAUUUAUAGAUGCCGUCCAUGACACACACACAAAAAAAAAAUAUAUAUAUGCUAACCAAACUAUGAAGUAUCAAAAUCAGUUCGAAACAAAUGUGAAAAAGUGUCAAAACAUGUACAAGGUGAAGUCACCGCUGUGAAGUUGCACCCUAUGUAAUCACAACAUGAAUAAAAAUACUCAUUUGU